UGGGGUUGGGGUAUGGGGAGUCCUUGGGGUUAAAAAUGUUUGUGGUUUUUGGCGGUAGGCCGGUAGCAUAACGAAUUAACGAUGGGAGCACAACCACCGCCACACGGCAACCCCGCCGAACAAGCGCCAACAGCAACGCCAACACCUCCUACCCUCUCACAAGAUCAAUUUCUCUCCUGGAAGCGCCAGAAGGAUGCAGCUGAAUCAGCCAGAAAAGCUGAGGCAUCGAGGAAACGCGCAGAGGAUAUUGCUGCAGGAACAGUCCAGAUGAAUGGCAGGGAGCUAUUUCUGCAUGAGCCGUGGGUCUUUGAUAACUCACGUUAUUAAGGUUUCAAAAGCUGUUUAUGGUCAUGAUUUGAUAUGUUUUAUGAAUUAGUGUCUUCAUUUACGCUUGUACUGGGAAUGGCGUUCUCUUAGAUGUUCAUAUCUUGGUGGCAUUAGUUUUAUUUUAUCUUACUUCUUCACAAUCUGAUUAAGGAGCAAUUUAUGUCUGAAAUAUAAAUUGUGUUCAAACUAUAGCAGUAAAGAAUUUUUUUCCCCUUCUCA